ACAGCUCGUCCUCAGCCUUUCUUUCCCAUAGCUAACCAAAACCUUGUGAUAUCCACAGCAUCAUGGCUUCCAACACCAGCCUCUUCACCAUGAGCCUUCUCAUCGCCCUCGUGUUGUUGAGCCUCAGCAGCAUGAGCCAUGCAGCUCGCCAUCUUUUGGACACCCCCGCGCCGGCGGAGUCUCCACCUGCGGCCCCGGCCAUCCCAACCCUGCCCAAGCCGGCACUGCCCCCGAUGCCGGUCAUACCGCCUGCUCCAAAGCUGACAAUGCCUCCGAUGCCGGCGAUACCAACCAUUCCGAAGCUUACGGUGCCUCCGAUGCCGACGAUACCGACUAUUCCAAAUGUUCCAGUGCCGCCAUUGCCCGUGGUGCCGACUGUGCCAAAAGUUACAAUACCACCCUUGCCGACCAUGCCUACUGUUCCAAAGGUCACGCUGCCUCCUAUGGCUUCCAUCCCAACCAUCCCUUCCUUUCCAACGAUCCCUGGAAUUCCCUUCCUCACACCACCUCCAGCUUGAUGGGCAUGAGGAUCAGAUAUUCGUCGUCUAGUUUGAUGUAUUGUAUGCCAGAUUGGGUUGGAGUGGGAUUAGUAGUAUGAGACAGAGGCCAUUUUAUAGCAAUAUAAUGGGACUUUGGGGUCAUUAUAUUGUUGUAUAGGAUAUUUCUUCGUGGGUUUCUCGAGUGAUUUUAUGUACCUCCAUUCUAUGUCAUCGUGUAUGUUAUUCUGUCAUUCAUAUAUAAAUUCACAUAUUCCCGUCAUUAUAUCUA